AGCAAUCUUUUGGAAGACAGAGGAAAUCGAGAGCACUCUUGGUCUCCCUUCUUUGGUUUCCAACUUGGCAUUCCCAGUCAAACUUCAGCAAUGCAGAUCAGCAUCUUUUACAUCAUUGCUCUUUCAGCAAUGCUCUUAGCUUCUCCAGGUAAGGCAUAGAUCAAAAUCAGAAUAUUCUGACAUAAUGUGAAAAUUGGGAUUCGUUAAUUAGCAUUGCCUUCUCCUUCACUUCUGCUAAAGACUUUUCCUUCAAGGCUAAUAUGAAAGCCAUAUGGCUUGAUCUAUGUUGUUCCCUCUUCUCUCUCUUUCUAAACCUCUCUUUUUCUCUCCUUCUGCAUCUACUCUCAACACUUCCCUCCUUCAUUCUUGUUCCCCUUGAUCUAUUGAUCAUGCUGUUGCCCUUCUCAGACUCUGCCCCAUCAUCCAAUCCUGUUCACACCAUCUCUUUGCUAUGCUGCCUUUUCCAGAUUUAUGAGGGUGUGUGUAAAUGCGUUUUGAACACGAGAUAAGGAUUUCCAAUAUAAAGGAUUGUCUGAUAUUGAUAAAUAUUUGGCUUUUGCUGCCGUAUGAAGUGCAAAGUCUUAUGUGACCAAAUAAAAUUCAUUGGCAGAAAAUAUUGAAGAACAAACAAGGGGAAUCAAGGAAAAGGUUUGCCCUGGAAGGUGAUUGUGUGACCUGUGAGAGCCCUGAAAUAACAGAGACAAGACACCAGACAUGGGUUUAAAAUCAGACCAAAACUUUAUUGACUGCUGUAGGCAAGGCAGGAUUGACAUAGCUGUAGGGCAAGGUUCAGUUCUUCAUUCCACUUAGCACUUACUGAUAUGGUACAAGCUGUUGGGAAGUACUAAGCCCCUUCCUGGAUGUCACCCCGCAUUGAAACCUUGAAUACUGCAAGCCAAGCAGCCAAGCCAAGUGAGGAUUUCAGACCAGAAAACCGGGAGAGUCAGAAAGGAUAGAGGAGGAACUGGAGAAGGAAUGGGAAGAGUGGGAGAAGGAAAGCUUUCCUGCAUCCCUGAAGAAACUGUCCCAGGGAUGAGGAGGUGUCACUGCUGUGGCCAAGGAGGCAGGAAGGUGAAGGCAGCAGCCAGAGACAAAUCUGCUACCCCUUCCAGAUUGCCACUUGAGGCAACUGCUUCUCCAGAGGAUUGGCCCUGUUCACUGGAGGAAACAUGUAAUCCAUUACGUUCCAGUGUCAUUCCCAAAGUGGAAAGCUCAGUGCAGACAUAGUAACACCAUAUGAAUGCUGAAUUUAAAUCAUCUGAAAAUUCAGAAGGGCAAUACAUGUUGAGCUCUGGUAUUCUUAUGCGAGGGUUAAAAGGUAGUCCACUGAAGGUCAAAGAAGCAGUUGCAAUGGCGGGUGAUAAUGGGGUCAGGAAUGGCAGAAUAUGGAAAUGCCUUCAUACAAUAAAAUAAAAUUUCUCUAUCUAGGAUUUGUCCAUGCAGGGGAACCUCGUCAAUGUGAGGCUAUUGGUGGGACUUGUGGGACUGAAUGUGAGAGGAUCGUACGGAGCGCAGUUUGUCCUGGAGAGACCAUAUGCUGCGUACCGUAAGUUUCCUUCCUGGUUUUUCAAAUCCAUGGAACUCAAAUGGAACAUGUAUUGAUAAAAUAAAAUGCUUAAAGCAAAUUAACCUCAAAAUUUAAAACGACCUGAUUUCUUUCUUUCUCUCUCUCAUGUUUAAAUUUAUGCCCAUUGAUUAAUUAUUCAUCUUUAUUGCGGUCCAAAGACCCAUAACAGAGAUUCAGAAUACAGAUUCACACAGACAACCCCCUGGGAGAGGAAGACCAAGACAAUAUUUGUUUAGUCUUAAGUAUGAUGGUCUUUGAUAUGUAUGACUACCAAAAGAAACUUUGCCACGGCCACUGUGAUAUCAUUAGACUUGUCGUCCAGAAGAUAUUUUGUAUAGUAGGCUUCAGAUUUACCUGGCCGAUGUGCCAGUAGGCGUUUAACGUUGAUUAUCUGCUCCCAGUUAGUGGGCAACAUUUAUUUCAUAUCCUUUUUCAAUUGCAUUUUUUUUCAAUACAAAACUUUGUAAAGCUUAGAAGGGACUGCUCAACGUAUGUGUUAUGUUAUUUUUACACUCACUUUCAUUAAUAUACAUUUUCUCUUCAACUUGAUGUCUCACCAAGAGUUUUCUAAUAUGGUUGCAACAAAACUUAAAAUACCACCAUAUACUUCCCAUUUCCCCAAGCAGUAAGAAUCAUGUAUGAUUUGGGCCAUUUUUAAAACAUUUGCUUUAUUUACAAUUAAUGAAGUGCAAACCAUCCGAAACCUUGUGCCCUUUAGAUGUUUCGGAUUACAAGUUCCCAUAUCCCUGUCCAUAUUGAUUGGGGAUCACAGGUAUUGUAGUCCAAGACAACUUAGAUAUGAGUCAAUGUUUAGACACCUUUAGAAAAAGAAUAAGAAAAUGAGCUUUUUUAUGAUUACCUGGAGGAGUUGGGGUGGGUGGGUGAAUGCGAAUAAGUGGAAAACUUAGUUUAAUGCUAUUAAUUAUAUUUCCUAGCCCCUAACAUCAACAUUAAACUAUGUUUUUAGCAACACACACACAAUGCACAUACCCUCAAACAUUUCUCUGAUGGAAAUGGAAAUGUCCUAUUCCAUCAUCAUAAUAAUUAUAUUAUUUAUACCCCGCUCAUCUGACUUGGUUGCUCUUGCCACUCUGGGCAGCUUCCAACAUACAUAAAAAUGUAAUAAAACGUAAAACAUUUUAAAACUACUCUAUACUGGGCUAAACUACUCUAUACUAAAGGAUGUAUAGUUACUUAUGUCCUUGACUCGUGGGUCACAUAACUCCAUACCUUCCAAUGAAAAUAGGGACAUUAUACCAUGCCCUCCAACAUGUCUCCAAUAAAAAUAGGGAUGUCCUCCGAAAAAGUGGGACAUAGCGGGAUCAAAUCUGAAACUGUGAAUUUGGGACUGUCCCUAGAAAUGAGGGACACAUGGAGGGUCUGCAGUACAUUGAGGCCAUGUGUGGUGAGAUGUUUUUAAAAAACCAAGAUCCAUCUUUCCUUUUGAGCAUCCAUCCAAGGGCCCCAUCCCAUUGGUGCAUGGAACCAGAGACAAAUGUGGGUGUGGCAACGAGAAUAAUUCUGACUUUUGUAUGCAUGCAUGCAUGCAUCUCCCUAUCUUCCUUCCAAGCAAGAGGAAGGGAUUAGUUCAAGGACACGUUCCUGGCAGGCAAAGUAGAUCCAGUAUUUUGUGUUACUUUGAGAGAGAAUGUGUAGAUCGAGCUGCCAAGGGUCAGAUGGAGAGGUCUGGAAGGCCACAUUCAGACCCUGGUGUUGAGUUUCUCCCCCAGCCCCCACCCCAGUUCAGCCUACAGAAAUGUGUCUGUGUGUGUACUCUCUCUAUUAACACUUAAACCUGUGAAUCACUAAAGAAAUCUCUUUCCUUUAUUCAGAAAUCCUUCCGAUUAAAAUGGAAAGAAACACCUGCUUCUUUCAGCAACGGAUAUAACCCAAAGAAUGAGAUUGACGUGCUGCUGAUUUGGCCUGCGGAAAUACUUCCAUGAUGUGGGAAAUUUGAGAAAAUUUGUGUACUAUUAUGAAUAAAUAUUUGAUAUGUUGCUGGAAAA